AUGGCGACACAACCCGUACCAAUUCAACGUACAAAUACAAAUUCAAAUAGUUCAAAUAACAAAAAUGAUAUAUGGUUUAAUGCAUUUGAUUUUGCACCUGGUCAAGAUGAAAAUAUUCGUUGGCUUAGUCGUCCAAAUCAACAAUUAGUAUACGAAAAACAUUCUCAUGAUACAGAGAAAUUUCGUAUUACAUUUGACGUUGAAAAUUUUCAACCUGAUCAAAUUAAAAUUUAUAUUCAAAAUCAUAAAUUAACCAUAUCAGGUGUUUACGAAGAACGUACUGAAAAUCGUCUUGUACAAAAAAAAUUCGAAAGAAACUUUGAUCUCCCAGCUAAUGCUGAUGUUGAUUCAAUCGCAUCAUUUAUAACUGCAGCUCAUAUGCUUGUCGUUGAAAUUCCACUUCAUGCAUCAACACAAGUUGAUCAUUUAAAUAUUAACAAUAAUCGAAAUGAUCAACGUCGUCUAUCAUUUUCAUUAAAUAAAUUUAAUACAUCAAAUAAUCAAGGUUUCUUAUCACCAUCAAAUGAUACCUCGGAUUCUUCAACAGCAGGUCAACAAGUUCGAAGAACAUCUGUUACAAAAACUACAAGAACAACCACAACAACGACAACUGGCUCAACUGAUCUUCCACGAGAAGCAGCUGAAUUAUUGAAAAGUGUGGAUACAGCAACUGGUAGCAGUAUUCAUACUUAUACUACACAUACAUCGGAACGUCACUCAUCGAAUACAGACAAUCAAAAAAUUGAUGUGACUGAAUCUAAUAGAUCAUUAUCAACAGCAAUUAAUAAACAAACAAUAUCAACAAGUUCGGAUUUGGCAAAUUUACCAAUAGAAAUUCCACCAGAACUUUUGGCUAGUGGUGGUACAAUAACAAUCGAGAAAAGAAAAGUGUCAAUAAUAAAAGGAGUCGAUGGAAAUACUGAUCAAGUUGUUUCUGUACCAAUUACACAUAGCAAUAAUACACAAUCAACGUCAACUAAAACUACUGAUCAAGUUGUUUCUGUACCAAUUACACAUAGCAAUAAUACACAAUCAACGUCAACUAAAACUACAAAUACAACAAGCAAUACAUCGCAAAAUACAUUAAAUCAACAACAGUCAAGUACUAGUGAACUUAGUAGUUCAAAAACAACGUCAAGUACUAAUCAAAGUAGAAAGUUUACACUUGAAGAAUUUCUUCAAAAUAAAACCUGGAAUCCAUCACUUGUUGAUGGUCUUGAUGGCAAGAAAAUUCUUUAUAUGCGUUUACAAAUGAAGCCAGGUACAACAUUAGAUCAAAUGAAAAUUUCACUUAAUGGAUAUGAUCUACGUAUCGAAGUAAAUAAUAAAGUAUCAACUGAUGGUCAUCACUAUAUGAAUGAACAUAGUUAUCGUCAAGUUACUCUUUUUCCGACUUGUGAAGUCGAUCAUUUGAAAACAGAAUUAAAAGAUGAUGGUUUUCUUCAUAUUCAAGUCCCCAUCAAAUUAUAA